AUGAAAAUGGGUAACAGAGCCCUCCUCCCCUUCCCCCUCCCCCCCGUCCCAAACCCACACCCCAACCCCAACCCCACCCCCACCCUCCCCAACUCCCCCUGCCACGACCUCUUCCUCCCCGCCGGCCCCCCCCGCACCUGCCCCACCAUCCCCGGCACCCUCUCCCUCGCGCCCGGCAGCGGCGGCAGCAGCGGCGUCCUAUCCACACCCCCACCUCCCGGAAGCAUGCGCUCACCCCCUGGCAGCGGCGGCAGCGGGCGCAUAUCCGUGAUGGCCCGCGCCAGGACUGAUCCAGACGGCAGCGGCGGCAGCGGGCGCUCGGUGGUUGGGAAUGCGGCUGAGAGCGGGGAGGGCGGGUCUUCGGGUGAUGGUGGAAGAGCGCCGUUGGGGCCGGGGACGAGCGGGGCGCCCCAUUGCGUGGGGAGGGAGGGCAGGUCUUUGUCUGCUGCGGGGGGUGGGGUGGGUGGGAGGGGUGGCUGUGGGCCGCGGACGUAG